AUGAGUGAAAAAUCGGGGGGCCCCGGCCCCCCUGAUACAUUUAAUCUCUACAAUACGCUGCAUCGUGGGGAAAUGCCUACCGUUACUGAUUCUCAGAAGAAGAGUUACAAAGCACUCAAACACUCUUAUUUCACUCACCCAUCUGACUCCGAGAAGUAUUUUGUGCUCAGUGGGGCUACUGUAAAGGAAAUGGACGUCUUUGAUGUCCAAGAGAGCUUGGAAAAGAUAAGUGCGCAAGAUUUUAAGACAUACACAAGGUUGAAUAGCGGAGACGUGCUUGUGCAGACGGCCACAAUCCAGCAAAUUGAAGCUCUAAAAAAUCUCAAAACCUUUGGGCCUGAUAACAAACCGGUUGAUGUCUCUGAAAACGGCGUAUUGAAUCAAUCACAUGCCAUUAUCCGAUGCAGCCAGAUCAUGAAGGUCGAAAUUGACAAAAUUUGCAAAAAGUUGGCCUCACAGGGAGUUGUGAGUGUGCAGCGCCUCAAGCGGAAAGUGGACAACCAAUGGGUAGAUACCAGCACUCAUCUCUUGACCUUCAAUUCACCUGUUUGCCCCGCUGAAAUCCGUGUUGGCUACUUGUGGUGCAAGACGGAAAUUUACAUCCCCUCACCUUUCCGAUGCGUCGUGUGUCAGAAAUUGGGUCACACGAAGAAGAGAUGUGAUUCGAAGAAAAAUGUUCCCACUUGCGGCUUUUGUGCUGAACCAUCACAUGCUGAAGGACCUUGCCCAAAUCAAUCUCAACCCCGCUGCGUAAACUGCAAAGCUAGUCACCCAAGCUUCAGCAAGGUGUGCCCAAGGUAUAUUGAGGAGAAGGAAAUUAACGCCAUUCGUGUGACGAUGAGGAUUCCCUACAACUUGGCGAGGGAAGAAUUCAGAAAGAGGAAAGGAUCCACAACACCACAAUCUUCAACACCAUUUGCCCAACCAAGUUCUUCACAGACAACAUUGGCACAAAUCAUCAAAUCCCAAGAGGACAAUCAGCACAUAAUUCGGGUAUCUAAAGAUUCAGACACGGAAAUUCCAAUGUCACCUGCUCUGUCUUCAGAGAUGGAGCAAUGA